AUGACGGAGCUGCACGUAGCCGCGGAGGUUGGCGACAUUCAGACGCUUCUAAAAGCAAAGAAGAGAGGCGUUGUGGACGUCAAUGCGGUAGACGAUCAGGGGCGAACGGCCCUCCACAUUGCCGCCGAGCACGGCCGCAUGGAUUUCGCAAAGGCGCUGCUCUGCAAUUUCAACUCUGUUGACGCCAGCAUUGUUGACAAGAGCAACAGGACGGCGGUGCAGCGGGCCCCGCCGGAGCUGCAGAGCCAUUUGGCGGUGCUGCUGUCGUUGAAGGAGGCAAAGGCACUGGAACACAGCGCAAAGAGCAAAAUUGAUAAAGAGGAGAAGGAAGAGGAGGAUAAGCUGUUCGAGGACAACGAUGUGGAGGGCACUGAGUUGGUUAAUCCGCGCGUGCUGCGCAAGGCCACCGUAUGUGUUGUGCUGCCGCUUAUCAUUCUCAUAUUCAUCAACGGGUUCGUCUUUGCGGUGCAGUUCAUCGCUGUGACGCUGGCGUUCUACUUUGCGGCGUUUGGCUACUUUGUGUCGGAGAUCACCAUCCGGCCGCCGUGGUACCACCACCGCCCCAAUGCGUCGCGGCUGACGAUGCGCAACUGCCCCGACUACUGGAACGGCUGCAUCCACGACCCGCUGACGGACCUCGGCCUCCCGUACGACGACGUCUCCUUCAAGAGCACUGACCGGUACACACUGCGCGGCUGGUACGUGCCGCCGCCGGCCGUGGGCGCGCGGAAGAUGGGCGUUGUGCUCGUGCACGGCGGCGGCAGGGACAGGCGUACGUGGCUGCGCCACGUGCCGUUUCUGCACAGGGCAGGCUACGGCUGUCUGCUGUUCGACUUCCGCGAACACGGCAUCAGCGAUGGCAACAUGCGGGGCUUCACGUACGGCAUGAAGGAGCGCUUCGACGUGGUGGCGGCCUGCCAGUUCAUGAGGUCCGCGUAUAAGUACGAGCGAAUAUGUGCGAUGGGGACAAGCAUCGGCGGCUCCUCUGUAAUCAUGGCGGCUGCCAUCGACAAGACCAUAGACGUCAUUAUCGCGGAGAAUGCGAUGCUCACGUGUGCGACGCUGCAGGACCAGAAGAUUGUUGAGAUGAUUGGUGGAUACUUCUCGCGGCGGGCGUACAGCAUGUUCUUUUUCAAACUUUUCCGCCGGACGUCGUCUUUUUGGCUGAACUUCCGCAUCGGCAACAAGCCGAGCAAGCACUGCCAGGCGCUGCACUGCAUCGCCAAGGUUUCCCCGCGGCCUGUUCUGCUCAUGCACGGCACCGCCGACGAUUUGGUGUCGUGCCGCCACUCUGUGCAGCUCUACGAGGCCGCAUCUGAGCCGAAGGAGCUGUACCUCUCUGAGGGUGCGUUUCACUGCGGGCUGCACAACACACACGCAGAGGAGUAUGAGGCCCGUGUUCUAAAUUUCCUCCAGAAAUAUGGAGGCGAAAAAUGA